UCAGUCUAUUCCCUUCUUUCUUUCUUUCUUUCGUUUUUGUUCCAAAAAUUUACAAAUUCUCUCCAGAAUUUGUGAAGCCAGCAAUUCUUGGCGUGAAGAUUCAUCCUCGAGCUUGAAGAUUGAAGAUUGAAGAUUGUGAGUGGAACAUGAACACAGUGGGCAUUGCAGUUCAGCACCGGCGGGUAUGAAUCCCACCACUGCGGAUCCAAGCCAACCUCCGCCGCCGCUCCCUCCAUCUCAGCCGCCGCGCUCCUCCUUCAGCUGCGACCGCCACCCAGAUGAGAAGUUCUCCGGUUUCUGCCCUGAGUGUCUCUGCGAACGCCUCACCACCUUAGACCAAUCCUCCUCUAACAACCCUUCCUCCUCUCGCCGCAACUCUACAUCCUCCGCCGCCGCCGCUCUCAAAUCUCUCUUCUCCAAACCCUCCACCUCAGCUGCUCCGCCUCCUCCUCCUCCUCCUAAGCCUUCCAGGCCCUCCUCCACAUUCUUCCCCGAGCUCCGCCGCACUAAAUCAUUCUCCGCUUCAAAGAACGAGUCUCUGAGCUUAUCUACCGCCGCAUUUGAGCCCCAGCGCAAGUCCUGUGACGUCAGGGUCCGUAAUACCCUCUUCUCUCUCGAACCCGCCUGCUCCCAAAACCCUCAUUCCAAAGGCAUUGCCGAUUCUUUUACCAGUAGACCCGUUCUCGAGUUCGAAGAAGAAGAAGAAAGAGAGGAUCCCGGAAACGAGCAAUACUCCAGUGGGCACAGAAAUGAAGCCGAUGUGAUUGACGAAAUUACUGAGUUACCGGAACCCCUAGUUGAAAACGCUGUUACUUCGGAGAUUGUGGGAGAAGAUAUACUAAAGCCUAUGAAGGAUCAUAUAGAUCUUGAUUCACAGACGAAAAAACCCUCGGGGGGAGGACUUGCAGGGAGCAUUUUCAGUAGGAAAUGGCAGAAAUGGAGGAAAAAGCAGAAGCUGAAGAAGCAAGAAAAUGGCAAAACUUCAGCUGCUAUGCCUGCUGAGAAGGCUAAUUCAAAGCAAAACAGAGAGAUCCAACCGGAGAUGACAGAUUACGGAUUUGGGAGGAGAUCUUGUGACACAGACCCUAGAUUCUCCCUGGAUGUUGGGAGAAUUAGCUUUGAUGGUCCAAGAUACUCCCUGGAUGAGCCUAGGGCUUCCUGGGAUGGGUAUUUGAUUGGAAGAAGCUUUCCAAGAAUGGCACCUAUGGUUUCUGUGGUGGAGGAUGCUCCAGUGGUGCAUGUUACCCGGACUGAUACUCAAAUCCCUGUUGAGGAGCCUCCUGUUAUGAUGAAUUUCAGCAAUGAGGAUGAGACUGUGCCUGGUGGUUCUGCUCAGACUAGGGAGUACUACUUGGAUUCUUCCUCUAGGAGGAGGAAGAGUCUUGAUAGGUCUAGCUCUAUUAGGAAGGCUGCAGCAGCUGUGGUAGCCGAAAUCGAUGAGCCCAAAACAGUCUCUAAUGCUAAAGUGUUGCCCGCUUCGGAUUCCUUUCACAGGGCAAAGGCAAUGGUUGGGGAGAAGGAUUCGAUUUCGUAUUCCAAUUCCCUGAGGGAUGAUUGCUCCGAGACUUUCGAAUUGACUAGCUUUAAGGAUAAUACUUCCAUGGUUGGGAUUGGGAAUGGGAAUGGGAAUGGGGAGCGGAAGAACUUAAAGAAGCCAAAGAAAUGGGCUUGGAACAUUUUUGGUUUUAUAUCCCGGGGGCGAGGGGGUGGGAGCAAAGACGAGGAUGAUGAUAGGUAUAGCAGAGCAAACGGGACAGAGAUUUCGUUCUCGGAGUCGUGGCAAGACCUGGGGAGGGAUAAUGGCGAUGCGAGAGGGGGGCUUAAUAGAAAGCUGUUCCGAAGUAACAGCAGUGUGAGCUGGAGGAAUGCAAGCAAUAACAAUGGACCAUUUGAGGCUGCCAGGAAAUCUAAUGUUGAGAUGAAUGGGCAUGGAAAAGAGAGGAGGGAUGACUUUGUGUUGGGAAGGAACAGGAGUGCCUGUUAUUUCCCUAACCGGAUUGAUAAUGGACUCUUACGUUUUAGCUUGACACCGGUGAGAGGAAGCCGAUGAAAAGCACGACCCCAAUGGCUCACACUCCAUUGGAAGCAGCAUUCAACUAUAGUGAGAUCCCCCCUGGCCUUGCCUUUUAGUUGUUCUUUGGUUUAACUCUAGUUUUCUGUGCUUACUAUGUAUUCAUACAAAAAUGUUUUCUUGAUGUUUGGUUGCUGAAUCAGACUUAUUGGAUUUCAAUCUGCUUGCCUCUUUCAAUUUUCCUAAUAACAGGAAACUUCUUUAUUUUA